GCUCAGUCGAAUGUCAAAAAGAUAACAACAAACGUUGUCGGUGGUGAUCCUGGUGUUUUCGACAGUUACAUUAGCUUUAUAAUAUAAAACAGUGUUAUAGAAACAAGCGACGAUCAGGCGAGUGAUUAAAUACAUACUAAAAUGGAUAAAUCAUUUGGUUCGAUCUUUGGACCACCAAAAAAUGGUAACGUUUCCCGGUCACGUCAAUCGCUUGGCGGAUCGUUGUUUUCCGCAAGCGGUCGUAAGUCUACUAUUCCCGGUGGACCAUCAGGUCGCAAAGGUUCUACCCGAUAUAGUUUAUCAACUCGCUCGAAUAUUUCCACUCUGCAAGUGGUGGCUAAGUCUGAGUACAACAUUCUUGAAUGCUACGGUUUACCACUCCCCAUCCAAGUGAACGAAAUCCUCACAUUCUCAGAACGAAAUGCACCAGUUUCCAUCAACUACAGUGCCAAUGGAUGGGCUUGGCUCGUACAUGGGCGUCGCUUGAUGAUAUGGCAAUACCGGGAGAGCCAAUCUAAAGCAAUGGGCAUGGGAACACUAUCGGGUGACAGUUUUCCAACACCUCGCCGAGCGCUAGCCAGUCAGUGUCGUCAGCUGACGUUACCUCAUUGUGAUAUCGGUCAUAAAGCUACCCUCAUUUCGGUAUUCAUCUCGGAGGGUCAUCAAAUGGCGUCCUGUUUGGCUGUGUCUCCUGCCGGUGAUGUACGCUAUUGGCCCUCGAUAGCGCACGAUGGUUCAUCGAUCGACGAAUGUAACAUACUCGAAGGACAAGAAUUUGAGGAACUGGUUGGCCAAAGUGGCGGUAACUAUUUACUGGUAACGACCACUUGUAGCUUAGUACAUCUGCAGAUUCAACUGCAAGGUGGACGACAGACGAUCGUUUCCCGAUUAGUUAAACCACCAUCCGGGUUUUUUGGAGGCAUCAGCAAGAGAUUCGCUUCCAUUAUUAUUGGUAUGCAUAGCAGUCAGGAGCGAGAAAAUAAACUGGUCAAGAUAAGCAGCGAGAAGGUGUCCAACCAAGAAUGGCACAUCACGGUUCUGGCGGACAAAUGGAUACAGCGGUGGGCGUUCGGUCCGGGCGGUACUAACGAGCGUUUCCUAUGUGAAGAUGCGGAAAUAAUUCGCAAAAUACGGGAUUUCUUCACGUACAAAUUGUGGAGCGGGAUCCGUGAUAGUAGCGAAAUCGAAAUAUGGACAUUGGAUAUGCAGCCGACGGAUCACGGAGUGAUCUUGUUAGCGGCUGCUUGUAAUUUACAACGCUCACCCCAGGUUCACUACGCACUGCUGACUUUUAUUUUCGAAGGCGAUGGGAUGGCGCUGAAAGAAAAUGCAAUGAUGAAGAACAAAGGAUUCUACAACCGUGAUCGUGAGGACGAAUAUCUUGGGUUCAAGUUUGUGGCGCAUCGAGCAAUUGCCUACGUCUACAGCGACAAAGUUAUUUUCCCAGUCUUGUUGGAUAGAAUAGUUAGUAGUUCCGCUAAUAGUGAAAGUAGCAGUCCUUCGGAGGAGCAGGAAAAAAUCGAGUUCAACGUACAAGAUGACAGUAUUUUGGCUGCUAACUGCUUCCAUAACAUGACGCUCUUUUUUACUAAGAUCCAUGGGAUGGUCAUCGUGACGCCGUCGGAUUUUGAACCCAACAGUGAAGUGUUCAAUUCAUCUGUUUCUUCGGAUAUCUUCAAUCCAAACAUUUCUGUAAAUGAUUCUGCCUUUAUCAGUCAGUCGAUUUUUGCUCCAGCUACAACCAAUGCUGGUAGUUUGAUCCUAUACGAUUUAGACCCGGAAGAAAUUAGCAGCGGCGAUAAAGAUAACGCUAACCAGCUGAAAGCUGCCUUCAUUUAUCAUAUCAAACGAAAUAUUUCUGCAUCAAAUGAUAUUAUCAAUGUAAUCCUGCAGAGUAUAGAGGAAAAACCGUUCGAUGGGGAGUUGGACCAACUCGUGCUGAAAAUUGCGGAAGAUCUUGUAGAAGACAUUCCAGCGGCUGACCCUCGCUGGGAGGCAAUUCCAAAACACGCCCUCGGAUCGUCUACAUCCAUGCAAAUUAUACAGCAACUUCGCGAGAAGAAUAUCGCUCUGACUCAGUUCCUUGAGUUUCUCCAUGCCUCAACAUUGUGGGACAAAUUGAAUGGAAUCAGUUCUGGAGACACCGUUCGUCCGACCGCUCAUCUGUUGUCUGACAUUGCGGAAAAAAUUGUUGCUACUAUUGCUAUUAAGUGUCUUCAUAACAGUCAUUCGCGCAUAAUCGAUGAGGCCAUUGAUUUAGUGCUUGCGGAGGGCAACCGGUCACCCCCAUCCCCAAAUCUGACAAACCAGGAUCUGUUUUACGUCCAGGUUAACCAGAUGCACGAGAUCUUUAAAGUGUUUGCCGAACUUGUAGAGAACUACGUCAAAAUGGAACUCACUACUACUCAGGUGCAGUCUGCUUUGGUUGAGGUUAAUACAAUUGUGAUAACCGUCCUGCAAGAGGUAAUGAAAUUCCGCGAAUCGAAAACUGAUAUGUUUGUCGUUCGGAAUGAACCACAUCGAUAUGAGUAUGUUCCGUGGACAGCGUCAUCGGGAAAGUACGGGUUGAAGGACGUGCUGCUACAUAUGAUCGGCAAUACUCUUAAGUAUGGCAUUAAAGGCAGUGGGGAGCCAGAAUUUCGCAUCAAACACUACAAACAGAUGACUGAACUCGUGGACUUUGUACUCGAUGGGAGGAAAAAAUAUUUGGAGAGUGUCAAUGACGAAGGCAAACGGACGGUUCUACAGCAGCAGUACGAGUCACAAAGGAGUGAUUUGAUUUUCCCUUUAGUGGACGCCGAACAGUACGAGCUGGCAGCCAAACUAGCCGAAAAAUAUCUCGACUUCCAAAUUUUGGUAGCAAUUUGCGAUAAAACCAACAACCAGACAAGGUUGGACGAGUACAUCGAGCGCUAUAAAGAGCUGGACUUUUCUCAAUUCGCUAUCAGCUGGCAUAUGCGGCAGAACAAACAGGGAGACAUUUUUCAGCGAUUUAAGGGGAAUCAAGCGGAAUUGGCGCGUUUCCUAUCCGAUCAUCCUUCACUUGCGUGGAUCCAACUAGUCUUCAAUGGUGAGUUGGUGCAGGCAGCGGAAGUGCUUCUAGCGCUGGCGCAAAACGAAAAAGAACUUCUAAAUCGCAAACGAGUAAUGCUGUCCCUCUCUAAGCUAUGUGCCUUAGCUGCAGAGGGAGAUUUUAGUGCUCAGAUUGCGGAAAUCAACUCCGAAUCACGAUUGCUCGAUUUGCAAGAACAGAUUCCAGUAGAGAUUUUAAACAUCUAUGGUUACGACAUUAAAAAUGCCAAGGUCCUAACGCCGGAAGAAAUUGUCGAUCUCUUCAUUGCCGAUGAGUACCACAAAUCUACUGAGGCCGAAUUUCGCAAAGCAUUGGAGUUAUUGGAUUUCGUUGAAGAGCCAAUGGAAGUGCGGCACAAGAUCUGGUGUUCCGCAAUUUUGCGGGAUAACUGGGAAAACUACAACCGAAACGCCCCGCUAGAUACGAUGCAGAAUAUGAUGUUCUUCCGGUUAAUUGAUCUGUGUUAUAUUUUGGAUGGGGAAUUGGAGAACUUCCUGCCGCCAGUGGAAAACUUUCUAACGGCUACAGAACUGGGAGAACUCGCCGAAAACAAAUCGUUUCAGUAUUUGAUCAAGCUAGGGUAUGAGCACAUUUACGACUCGUACAAGAAAAAGUAGAUUUUUUUAGUCGCGAAGGAACCAUGGUGGGUAUUUCAGUUUGUUCAAUUUUAUUUAAAA